AACCAUUACACGAAAAUGGUUGGUGGGAUCGAAAAGAAAAGAAAAGAAAUUCUCCACCACCUUCCCCGCGUCGCCUACCCCGACCCACCUCGCCUCGCCUCACCUCACCUCCCUCCUCCCCUCGCGCCUCAUCCGAACCAAACCCACUCCCGCAUCUCAACAACCGCCACCCCACCGCCAUCCAUGGCUGCCGCCGCCUCCGACUCCGACCCCGCCGCGCACCCGCGGGACGACCCCAACCUCCCCUUCGCCUCCUUCUCCCUCUCCCUCUCGCUCCGCACGCCCACCGCCCCCGCCGCCACCCUCGCCUCCGUCCCCUCCGCCGUCCGCCUACCCACCCAAAUCUCCACCCUCGCCGCCUGCCUCCACCCCUCCGCCGCCUCCUCCUCCCCGCGCCGCGCCACCCGCAUCAACGCCGCCGCGGCCUCCCUCCUCUCCCCGCUCACCGCCUCGUCGCCCGGCCUCUCCCGCUCCUUCCCCUCCGGCGCCCCCGGCGCCGCCGGCCGCCGCCGCACGCUCGUCUGGUUCCGCGCCGACCUGCGCCUCCACGACCACGAGCCUCUCCACGCCGCCGUCGGCGCGUCCUCCUCCCUCCUCCCCGUCUUUGUCUUCGACCCACGCGACUUCGGCAAGUCGCCCUCGGGUUUCGACCGCACCGGGCCCUACCGCGCUAGCUUCCUGUUGGACUCCGUCGCCGACCUGCGCCGGAGUCUCCGCGCGCGCGGCGGCGACCUCGUUGUGCGGGUUGGGAGGCCCGAGGUGGUGAUCCCCGAGCUCGCGCGUGCAGCCGGAGCAGAGGCCGUCUACGCGCACGGGGAGGUGUCGCGGGACGAGUGCCGCGCGGAGGAGAAGGUCAGCAAGGCCAUAGAGAAGGAAGGCGUCGAGGUCAAGUACUUCUGGGGCAGCACGCUGUACCACUUGGACGAUCUGCCCUUCAGGCUCAAUGACAUGCCAUCCAACUAUGGCGGAUUCAGGGAGGCCGUCAAGGGGUUGGAGGUUAGGAAGGUGCUGGACGCGCCAGAAGAGGUCAAGUGUGUGCCUAUGAAGAAUGUGCUGGAGCCUGGUGACAUCCCCACGCUUGGUGAGCUUGGACUCUCUGCACCACCGGCCAUGGCACAGGACUCAAAAUCUGCUGCUGGUUCAAAUCUCAUUGGUGGUGAGGCAGAAGCCCUGGAAAGGCUGAAGAAAUUUGCUGCAGAAUGUUGUAUGCAGCCGAAUAAAGCUGUGAAAGAUAGUACUCAGAAUAGCAUAUAUGGUGCUAAUUUCUCCUGCAAAAUUUCACCAUGGCUUGCUACUGGUUGUCUCUCUCCACGUUUCAUGUAUGAGGAGUUGAAGAAGCAUGCCAUUAGAGCAAUUCCAUCCAAGGAUGGUGACGGAACAUCCGAUGCUGGGACAAAUUGGUUAAUGUUUGAAUUGCUAUGGAGAGAUUUCUUCAGGUUCGUCACAAAGAAGUACAGCUCUGCACAGAAGACGUCCGAAGUUGCACCGGCCACUGGUUGCACACCCGCCCCUGCGUUUGCUUGAGUAUGCACGUAGUUAGCCAAGCAGAGAGUCAGCUGCUGGUUUUUGGUUGUGACCAACUCAUGCAACCUUUCAAUGGAGUGAAUUUUGUCCCAAUAAAUGUUGCCUGAAAAUGACGCCCCAAGUAAGCUGUUCCUGCAUUUUGGACCAAUUUGAUCUCGGAAGAGAUCCUUGUAUCUGUCGACAUUUUUUGUAAGACUUGAAUGGUAUCGUAAAAAAAAAUCCUAGAUGCUUCCUUCA